AUGGAUCCAGGAAUGUCAUACUUAAACCUUCCCGAUGGCUACCAUGCCCCUCAUGAACUCAAGGUCACUGUAUUCAAGGUAGUGUAUGCCUCAUCAGUACCUUACUAUAUCUGUUUAUGGUUGAUCAAGUUCUCACUUAUCAGCUUGUACUAUAGACUAAUUCCCACAGGAACCAAGACCAGAAAACUGCUGCAUUUCACUGCUGGUCUGACUUUGGUAGCCAGUUUGGUCAUUCUGUUCUUGAACCUGUUCUUGUGUGUGCCCAUCUCGUUGAACUGGGCUCUUGAUAACACCACCAAAACUUGUUAUUCGUCUACUGCUGAGACGCCGUUCAUUACAUCGGUCAUUUUGAACUUGAUUGUGGAUAUCCUCAUCUUUUCACUACCAUUUUCGGUCAUUCGUAAACUCAAGAGUGUGGGUAAGAAGCAAAAGAUUGGUCUCAUUGCCACUUUCUCAGUUGGUAUUGUAACCAUUGCAAUUAUUGUUGUUCGUGCCCUGAUUGUGGCUUUGAGUGGUUCGAUCUCGGUAGCCGCUAUUUUAACUGCCAUUGAGUGUUUUACCUCGAUGUGUGUUGCUUGCAUGCCUGUCAUGAGACCCUUGUUCAAGGUCAGACUGUUCAAGAUCCGCCGUCCUCGUCUCCGCAGUUUCGGAAGCUCUGGCGGCAAGCUUUCUGACAGCCGUUAUGUCGACACUGGCGACAUGGAGAGCACUAUCUCAUUUAAUGAAGAGCCAAACAACGUUCCUUUGCAGCGUUUGGAGAAGACUAAUGUAGUCGACUACCGAAGCCCAAUGCCAUCUCAGUCCAUGAACACCAUGACCACCAUUGUGACGACGCCAGUCAACCACCAGGUCAACAACAUGCGCCAGUCCAACCACGGAUCGCUGGAUGAUGACCUCGACCACUCGCCCACAAGUUCCCCUGUACUGUUACAACAAGUACGUCUCCAACAAGAACAAGAGCGUCUACACCCCAUCUCAACCAACCAACAAAACCAGAUGCCCUACCACAUGGGCCCACCACCCGUGAACGCCUUCCCCGGCCCUCCUGUCCCGGCCUACGUGUCCAACUCACCCCUCCCUAUCCCACCACCUCCCAACUCGCGCAACCAGGAGGAAUACAUCAUGCCCAGCUACAUCCUAAACGAGCCACUACCGAACCCUGUUAUCUAG